AUGGGGUCCCGUAGGCAAACAAAGGCUGCUGCUGCUGCUGCUGCUGCCUCUGCAGCAGGACAGCUUGGGAAGGGCGAUGUGCUGCAGCAGCAGCAGCAGCAGCACUCGCUAGCAGCAGGAGCGGGUGUGUUUGCGAGGGCGUUGCUGCAGCAGCUGCAGCAGCACACUGCAGCAACGCAUGCAGCAGGAGCAGCACAAGCUGGGGGGAUAUGGAGGCAGCAGCAAGCAGAGCUGCAGAAUAAUAUACACUCAGGGUGUACAUACACCAGAGAGUCUGCUGAGUUUGCUGACGCAUGGCUGUUAGAGACGCUGCAAGGGCAGCAGCAGCAGCAGCAGCAGCAGCAGCAGCAGCAGCAGCGGCUGUUGGGCGCAGCCGGUGCAGCAAAGCUGCAGCAGCAGCAGGCCGAGCUCUUCCAACAGCUGCUGCAGGCUAUUGAGGAGGAAGUUCAGGACCUGGAGCAGCAAGCAGCAGCAGAGCAGCAGCAGCAGCAGCAGCAACUGGGGCAUGAAGCUACAGCAAAGACUCUGCAGCAGCUGCGCAAGGGGCGGCUGCUGCAGCGGGGACGGUUGUUUGCUGCUGCAGAUGGAGACACAGAAAUAUACAGCAGCAGCAGCGAUGAAGACAGCAGCAGCAGCAGCAGCAGCAACCAAGGGGGCUGGCUGCUGCAGCAGCAGCAACGAUUUGCUGCUCCCUUGCUGCCUCUGCGUGCAGCGCUGCGGCAGGCAAGGCGGCAGCAGCAGCAGCAGCUGCGGGUGCAGCUGCUGCUGCAGCAAUGGUUGCGCAGCAGGAGUUUGCAUGCACUGCAGCAGCAGCAGUUGCUGCUGUCUAGCGGCGGGAUUGGUGCAGCAAUUGCUGCAGCAGCAGCAAAAGGAGAAGCAUCAGAGGAGCUUCAGUUGAUGCUGCAGCAGCAGCAGCAGCAGACCAAACCCCGCAGAGAGCUGCGGCUGUGGCAGGAAGCCGCGCGGUGUAUCUCGACAUCUUGCUGCAGCUUUGUUGAGUUGCUGCUGCAGCGCAGCAGCAGCAGCAGCAGCAAGCCAGCAGUGCAGCUGCUGCUGUCAAAGGGGGAGAGGAAGGAGCUGCUGCAGCUGCUGCAGCAGCAGCAGCAGCAACCCAUAAGCCCCCCGCCUUGCUUUCUGUCUCACGGCUCUGCUGCGCUUAGCUGCAGCAGCUGCUUCUUCUGGUUGCUGCUGCAGCAGCAACAUCUGCAGCAGCUGCUGCAGGGAGCAUGCGAUGUUCGCAGCGGAGGGGCAGAGACAAACUUUGGGCGCUGUUUGCUGCUGCAGCAGCAACUGCUGCUGCGGCAGCAGCUGCCAGACGCCGCUCUGGAGGAGGUAUACCCUGCUGCAGCAUUAGCUGCAGAAGCAGCAGCAGCAGCAGCAGCUGCUGCUGCUGCUGCAGCUACCGCUCCAGAGUUCAACAUUAAAAAGAUUGAAGAUGGGAGGCGGGUGUACCUCGGCAGCGUGGAGUGUAUGUACAGCUCUGUCUGGGGAGGCGGCUACAGCAGCAGCAGCAGCGCAGCAGAGCUGCUGCUGUGGCUAAGGCAGCUGCAGCACAUGCACCCUUUGAUGCUGCAGCAGACAGCAAAACCUCGCAGCAGAGAGAGGCGCACCAGGUGGCGGCAGCAGCAGCUGCUGCUGCACGGCAGCACUAGCAGCUAUUCUGUUGUUGCUGCUUCGCGAGCAGCAGCAGCAGAAGCACCAGCAGCAGCAAAACCUGUAUCACAAGACACUUAUAAUGCCUCUCUGUUUGCUGACGGAGGGCUGGAGAUUCAGCAAGACUGCGACAGCAGUGCCUCGGAGACAGAAUCAGCAGCAGCAGCUGCUGCUGCUUCAGCAGCUGCAGCAGCAGCAGCUGCUGCUGCCGCUGCUGCUACUGACGGAUGCAGUUGCGCACUUUGCUCUGCCAGUAGCAGCAGCAGCAGCAGCAGCAGCAGGUUUGCUGCAGCUGAUGGUUUGAUGGCUUAUAAGGGUUUAGGGUUUACACACUUUAAUGACUGCUGGCGUUUGCAGCCCCGUAAGCGACGCAUGCGGGUGCUGCCUGGGCGGCAGCAGCUGCAGCUGCUGGAGCAGCAGCAGCAGCAGCAACUGCAGCAGCAGCAGCAGCAGCAGAAGGGCAGCAGCAGCAGCACCAAGCGGGGGGAACUUGACUCCGGCGAGGAAAGCGAAGAAGCUGUGGAGCAGCCUGCUGCUGCUCCUGCAGAAGGCACUGCAGCAGCAACAGCAGCAGCAGCAGCAGCAGCAACAGCAGCAACAGCAGACUUGACUGUAGAGUACUCAAGUAGCGAGGAUUCUUUCUGCGGAUUUGUUAGAGAUCAAAGCGCCUACAGGCGCUUCCGAAGGAAGUGGGCUUCUUCACCUUCAACUGUGUGGCAGCAGCAGCAGCAGCAGCAGCAGGCUGCAGCAAAACCAUCCGCUAGAGGAGGGGAUGCUCAAGGUCACGUCUUGUCUCCGUAUUUGCUGCGGUUAAAAAGGGCUGCUGCAGCACGUCUGCAGCAGCAGCAGCAGCAGCAACACAGGCAGCAUGUGGGGAAACAAGACGAGACACUGCAGCAGCUGCAGCAGCUGAGUCGCAACCCAAGUGCUGCGGUGUAUAGGCAGCUUGCCCGCCGCUCGCGUGUGUCUCUUCUGCGGCACCGUGCUAUGCUGCUGCAACAGCAGCAGCAGCAGCAGCAGCAGCAGGGUAAGAGCAGCCGCAAGCGCAUGCGUGAAGCUGCAUGCGGAGAAGGUUCGUGUCUCCUUGGCUUAGAGACAAACGAGGCGCUGGGUCGCAACAGCAACAGCAACAGCAGCAGCAGCAGCAAACGAAAGGAGACACGACUUGCUGCAGACAGCAGCAGAAAAGUGCUGCUGCGACUCCAGCGGAAACCUCGGGUGCGCUCCUUUGAGCCUCGCUGGGCCUGCAGCAGCAGCAGCAGCAGCAGCAGUAGCAGCAGCAGGAAGCAACAGCAGCAGCAGCAGCAGCAGCAGUUGGGGCUUGCAGCAGCAGGAGACUGGAUGGGUCGUGAGGUGCUUCUUGCUGCAGUAGAUGAAGCAAAAGUUGCUGAGGUGCUGCCGCAUGCAAAAAUAUAUCAAGAUAAACUCAGCGGAAUGAACGCCACCUUAGCAAACAGGCGGGAGUACUGCGUAAUAAUUGAAGAGAAAACAAACACUCUGAGCAUUGCUCCUUGCGGGCGUCUCUCCUUUUUUCUUCAGGAGACACCCGAGCAGCGAACCAAAGACUUCUUUGAAGCUCAGCGACAAGAAGUGAAGCGAGGCGGAGACAACCUAAGAGCCUCUCUCUUUCAUCGUUCUUUAGCUUUGCGCUGUCUGCUCGAAGCAGGCUGCCAGCUGUCUCCGCAAGAACUCAAACACACCAAUCAAGCUCGUUUGCAACUGCAGCAGACGGGGUCGUGGGUUGCAGCACCAUAUGCUGCUCGUGCUGCAGCAGCAACAGAAGGGCUGCUUGAGGUGUAUCGGCACCUCGCUCGCUCAGCAGCAAAGCCAAUUAGAUCUCGAGAAGAGUUACAAGAAUUUCUUCUUAAGGCAGGGAUGCGCUCUUGUAGUGCUGCUGCUGCUACAAAUCCUUCUGCUGCUGCUGCUUCUGCUGCUGCUGCUCACGGAAUCUCUGCUGCGCUGCUGCGGAAAAUGCAUGCAGCAGCAGCAGCAGCAGAAGCAGCGGCUAUCUCGCUACAAGAAGGAAUCUGCAAUGAACAAACCUUUGAGGAGACAAUUCUUCCUGAGCUUCUUCAUGCUUACUGCACGAAGGUGUCUCCGCUUUUAUCGAGCUGCUACUUAACAGUCCGGAAUGUCUUUGCUGCACAGCAGCAAAACGAGCAGAAAGCAAAGAGCAAGACCAACCUCAUCGCAGGAGGAGGUAACCGCGACCCGAGCGCGGGUUUGUCUUCUGCUGCAUUACUGAAGCAGCUGACGGACUGCAAAGAUGCUGCUGCAGCAGGAUCAGCAGAUGGUGAUGCUGCUGCUGCUGCUGCUGCUGCUGCUGGCCCGUUAGGCACAGCAGCAGAGCAGCAGCAAAUGCUGCAGCGGAUGCUUCCUCGAUAUAAUGCUGCAGCAGCAUGUGCUGAAGAUUUAUUUUGUUUGGAGGACUGCGUCCCGCUGCUGCUGCUGAAUGAUGGUUCAGCUGAGACGGGCACUGCUGCUGCUCCUUUGCUGCAGCUGCUGCAGCAGGAGCAGCAGCAGCAGGAGCAGCAGCAGCAGCAAGCAGCUCAGUGGGGUCAAUUCAUCGUUGCAGCAGCAAACUAUGUCGCGCUGCAGCGCAAUCUCGCAAGACAGCUGCGCGUUCGAGGAGAAGGCCCUGGGAGUGCUGUUGCAGCGUGGCUUCAAUCUGAGUUUCUUCAGAAGGCAGCAAACGGAAGAUAUGCAAUGCCUAAAGAAUUGCAAACAAAGGUAUUAGCGACCAUAGCUUGGGUUUGCUGCGCGUUGUCUUCGGACUUAAAAUUUGACUUCACUUUGCUGCUCGAGGAUGAAUUCGAGAACAAGAAAACUGCUAACUUUCAGGCCUGCGCCUCUCUUAUUGGAUUGAAGCCGUCGAAGACAAACAAAAAUGAAUAUCAGCUGUCUUUUCCUUCGCCUUUGGUGCGCAUGGAGGAGACAAACUCUAUGAGUGAAGUGCUGCAGGCCUUGUGGCCUGAUAGAAGACAGCGGCGCCGCUAA